CGAAGCAUCAAGGAGUAGUAAUGCAACAUAAUUUAAAGUGAUAAUUCUAUACUGAUUGUGGAACUUUGUUACCCUACAUUAAUAAGGAAAUGCUUAUGAAUAUUACACCAACACAUUUAUGGUGCUGGCAUAAUAUUCAUAAGGCAAGAUCUUUUUCACAUGUCUAACAAUAUACUUAUACAAUACUAUUGGUUUGGUAAUAAUAUGGCCAAAUUGUAGGUGCUUGUAAUAAAUGGUAGUUUGUUUGUUUUUUUCCACUUAAAAACAUAAGCUCAUACUCGGUCUGAAAGGGCGCUGGGCGUUUAAAAAAAAAAAAAAAAAAUACUACAAUACCCACAAUGCAAUACUGUAAAUGACGUUGCACACGCUCGUUUUGAAAAGACGAGAGACGUGUAAUUUUGACAGUUCCGGGAAAAGCCAUAGGGAUGUCUGAGAUUGCUCAAACUGAAAUCGUGUCUUGUAGGAAAAGCAAGCAACUUUUUACGUUUUUGUUAUAAUAACAAGCUUGUACGCGUAUAAAACUUGACGAAAUAGAUUUUUUUUUUUAACUCUUUCAAAACACCGUAAUGCUGAGUCGAUCUAUAGUCGUGCAAAGUCUCAGGACUAUUAGAGAAAGAUUUUUUGACAGAAGACAGAGAAAUUAUGACCAACGUGAUGCUCAGGAUGAGCCAAAUCAUGACGUCACCGGCCCCUCUCUGGACAAUCUGUCGGUGGACAUGCAGUUUCUCAUUAUGAGCUUUCUCUCUCCGCAAGACCUCUGCAGACUGGGAGGCACGAGUACAUACUGGCGAUCAAUGGUUCGAGACCCUGUCCUGUGGAAGUACUUCCUUUUGCGUGACAUGCCGCUCUGGCAGUCAGUUGAUCAUUUAUCAAUGCCUCAGGUCAAGCUCACUGACACAUCUGUGCUGACUCACUCUGAGAUGCAGCAGAUUGAUUAUAUGGCAGAGUAUCUACGGGUCUGCCCAGCAUGUCGAAACCAAUGGCGACGUCAACCCAGUUCAGCAUUUGAGUCUGUGACUUCCUUCUUCCAGUCCCUUGUACCAGUUGCAGAGCCACAGUUUGCCAUGUUCGGCCCUGGGCUUGAGCAGUUAGAGGUUUCCCUAAUGACUAAGAUCAUGCAUUCUCCUGAUGUACUGCCUAUUGCAGGAAUACCUCAACGUCAGAUCGAUGGCAUUGGAUCUGGAAUCAGUUUUAAGUACAAAGAUCAGCACAGAUUCAAUAUUAUAACUUUGUAUUCGACCAACAGGACAGAGAGAGAGAGGGCUCGCCUGGAGCAGCUCAGUCUGCGCAGUAAGCUCUUUGUCUAUCAGGAGGGUAGUGAGUGCAAUACGCCCUUAAGUCUCAACCCUAUGUUUAAUCAAGUUUGUGAAGUUGUUAAUGGAUUCAUCUUUGUGGCAAAUGCUGAGACUGAAAGAGGAUCUGACAAAGAAUGGGAGGAGGAAAUUGCUCAGAUCAGGGUCAUGUUAGACCCUGUGGUAGGUGCUGUUCCCCGGCCUCUCCUGGUGCUCGCCUGCGUGUCUAGAGAGACAGUAGACAGCCGCAGGAUACCAUGUGUGACUGUGGCCCAUCAGCUUCAGCUCUGCUCACUGCCCAACUCUUGGAUGGUACAAGACACUGCUGCAGAAACACUAACAGGACUGCUGGAUGGUAUUGAUUGGCUAUUGAGACACUCUGGAGUUAAGAUAUGACCACCAAGACUGUUAUGAAUCUGCAGGAUGUAACUACCAUAUAAUAGAGGUCUUUCAAACAUCUUAUUAUCAGUAACGUAAGAUUGCACUAUAUAAGAUGGUUCUAACUUGGAGUUUAUUUUUCAUGUACAAUACCGUGGACCAAUUUAAACUUUUUGUAAUAUAUUCCAUGCACUUUUAUAGUGAAUUUCAGUCAACACUUUCCUGUUAUACAGCCCUUUUUACUACUUGCUAAUUAUGUUUGCUUUAAGGUGUAUUCUAAUCAUUUAGAUUAAUUUUUUGCAGUAUAAAAUACAUUUUUAAAUUCUUGUUAUUGUUUGUAUUGUUUUGUUGUUAUUAUUUAUUUGUUUAGCUCCGUAAAACUGAAUAUGGUUUCAUAAAUAUAAUAUGGAGCUAUCUUUGGUACUUAUGUAAUGAAAGUUUUAAGUUUGUAAUAAAGAUAGAAUGAUAGUUCAAUUCUCAGUUGUUCAAUUCACUGUGUAUUAGAUCAUUUUUGUCUUGAGCAUUUCAACUAUGAAAGGUAUGUCCCCUCUUUUGUCCACAAAGAGGCAGUAGCGUCAGCUUUAUAAGAGGUUUGUUGGCAACAAUAAGAACAUUGACCUAGCAUAACCUCAUCAUCCUGCUGGCCAGUUUUAGUCAGGGUGGAGGUCAUCCAUUGGCCAGUGUUCCAGAGAUAUUUAGCUAUUGCUUUGUCUCUGUCUUUUCUUUGUUGCCGACUCCCUGUUUUCUUCUCGGUUUAAUUAAAAUGAAAGCCAGCUUAUGCUUUAGGCAUUUUGCAAAGGCAAUAUGCUAAACUACAUAAUUAAGCUUAUCCCAAAGUUCAGACUUACUAAAGGCCACACUGUCAUUCUGAGGCUCUUGAAUUAGUAAGACAGGGCAAAAUAGGAAGACAAAGGUUGCUUUUGCCACUCACGGUCUCUGCCAGUUUCAUAAGAUAUGUCUUUGUUUUUUUUUCCCUCUCUCCAAAACAUUGAUAAAAGGUUGAGCGUUUUAAUGGUUUGACAGGUACUUCUCUGGAGUUUUAUUUUCAAGCACUAAGCACAUGUCCUGAUUUUAUUUGUCAAAACCCAUUCCGAAAUAAGUUUAUUUUAAUAUAUAUUAAAUUAUAUUUAGUCCUUUUGUAUUUCCCAGGAGGAAAAAAACAGUUUCUCUGGCAAUCUCUUAUUCUUCACCCAAAAUGACUAUGUACAGCAACAAUCAUUGGCUCGGAAAAAGGCUGUUUUAUAAUGAAAUUGUAAUUGCUUCAGUUUGGAUGCAUUAAAUCUAACCUGAAUGGAAGAAAUG